AUGUCCAGUCCAACACCCCUCCCAUCCCCGGACCCCAAGACCCGCCAUGGCUACCUCUUCGGCCACCCAAUAACCCACUCCAUGUCGCCCCUCUUGCACGCAACUGUCUACGCCUCCCUCUCGCUCCCGUGGGCCCAACACCCCCUAGAGUCCCUUGACAUCCCCCUCUUCCUACGUCUAAUCCGCGACCCGCAAUUCUACGGCGCCUCCAUAACAAUGCCGCACAAAGUAGCCAUUUUACCGCACCUCGACGGGCUAACAGAGGAAGGCCGCGAUGUUGGCGCUGUGAAUACGCUGUUUAUUGAGGAGGAUGAAAAGGGCGGAAGGAGAUAUAUGGGGACGAAUACGGAUGUUGUGGGGAUUAGGGAGGCGUUUAGACAGAAUGUGGAGAAGGGGUUGUAUGAGGGGAGGGCGGCGAUUGUGGUGGGUGGGGGUGGGGCGGCGAGGAGUGCGGUUUAUGCGUUGAGGAAGUGGAUGGGUGUUGGGGAGAUUUAUUUGAUAAACAGAGACGCAGCAGAAGUCACAGCCGUAAUAAACGAAUGUACAACCCGCGGCUACGGCUCCUCGCUCCGCCACGUCGCCACCGUCGAAGAAGCCCAGAAACUAGAAGCCGUAGGCGCUAUCGUAGCUUGCGUACCUAAUUUCACACCGUCGACGCCUGCGGAGGUUGAGGCGAGACGAGUGCUGGAGUGUUUUCUGCAAAAAGAACACAAAGGUGCUUUGUUGGAGAUGUGCUAUCACCCGACGACAUGGACGGAGAUUGCAGAGAUCAGUAAGAAUGCGGGGUGGCAGGUUGUGUUGGGGACCGAGGCGUUAAUAUAUCAGGGGCUGGAGCAGGAUCGGUAUUGGACAGGGAGGGAGGUUAAGGAUUUACCGGUGGUGGAGGUUCAGGAGGCUAUUGCGAAGAAGAUGAAUGAGGCGAAGUUGUAA